UUUUAUUUUCGGUCUCCUGUAGUAUUUGUUCGUGGAGUAAUGUGACUUACACAUCCACAAAGUUUAGUGAUUUAGUUAAAACAAUUUAUAAAGAAAGUUAUUCGGUGACAACAGUGGUUUUCAUUGGAGUGGAUGAUGGAUUUUUGACAAACUUCAUGACAUCUUCGAAUUCCGGCAAUCCUGUUAUAAUUUUCAAUGACUUUACACGGAUAAAUGAUGAUUUUCUAUUCAAUGUAUUACUUGUGGUACAAAUUCACUCCCAGAAGAAAAAUCAAGAAAAGCAGGAUGAUUUUCUAGUACAAUUAGUUCCGAAACUUCGAAUUCGAAAAUUCGUUAUUAUUUUGGCAUUUGACAAAGCGACUCUUCUAGAUGCAUUUUUGUUCUUUGACAAGUAUAAGUUCACAAGAAUUUAUGGAAUUGAAAAAGGACUUUCAACGUAUGCAUAUCUUCCUUUUGCUGAUAAUCACAUCCAGAAACUUUCGAACGAAACUCCCCUUCCAAAUGCAUAUAAGGAUCUGAAUGGAUUCAAAUUUCGAACAACCAUACAAGAUGAUAUUCCAAGAGUUUUUCGAUAUCCAGACAAGCAAGGUAAGAUGGCAGUUGGAGGGUGCUUUGGACAAAUCUUUACGAAUUUUUUGCGUCGACACAAUGCAAAUUAUGAGGAAGUAAUAAUAAAGGAUUGUGACAGUAUAUGCUUUCCAAAAAUACUUAAAGCAAUAAAUAAUAGUGAUGUGGACUUUAGUACGAAUAUUUACACGCCAAUUCACGGCUUCGAUCAUAGUUACCCUGUUAAAAUUCUUGGAUUGGGGGUUAUGGUGGCAUUAAAUGGCAAUUUGGACUCGAAUCAAUACUUCCUACGACCUUUUUCAUUAAAAGUUUGGUUAGCAAUUGGACUUAUCGCCAUUUAUAUAAUUCUCAUGGAUUUGGUUAAGAAUCCGAACACAAAAUUGACAGUUAACGACAUUUGGAAGAGUUUCAGUCAGUUAUUGCUCAUGAUGCUGAACUCAUCAUCUGGUACGCAAAUCAAAAAAGACUAUCGAUUUUAUGCCCAGGUUUUGCUAAUGACGUUCAUUCUUGGGAACAUUUAUAACAAUUACUUCACAUCAUUUUUGACAGUAUUCAUAAAGAUGAAACAAUUCGAAACUUGGCAAGAUUUAAUUGACAACAAUAUUCGGGUUAUGAUGGCUGACUAUGAGCUUAAAACAGCUCAAGAAAUGAAUCUUUUGCCGGAUGUGCCCCAGAGCGUUUUUUAUCCAACUGAAUAUUCUGUUUAUGCUAAGGAGAGAAAUUCCAUGAAUAACUCAAAAUUUGCCUAUGCCAUUGGUGUUGACAGAGCCGAGUUCCUAAUUGGUUUGCAAAAACAUUUUGGCAAACCUCUAUUCCAUUUGACUCGUGAUGCUCUUAGUAAAGGAUAUAGUGUCUAUAUUUUGCAGAAACACUCUCCAUUCAAGGAGAUUCUCGAUACUUUCAUUAUACAGGUUCUUGAAACAGGAUUAAUAAUGAAAUGGGACCUUGAUGCCAUAAGACAAAGCAUGAUGGCUGGAUUUGAAAUAGGCCAUGCUGAUAAAGACCAACCAUCAAAUGGGCCUUUAGGUGUGAGAGAUUUGAUAUUUGCAUGGAAUAUUUUGAGAAUUGGUUUACUUUUAGCGUUGGUAGUGUUUUUGGGUGAAUUAUUUUUAAAGAAAUGUUUCUUUUUAUUCAAAAAAUAAAGUU